CUCCAAUGUCACCCACUCACCCUCCUUUGCCACGGUCGCACGCCGUGAUGGAAUACGAGGGCAUCGCAACCGAUGACGACAAUCUCAUGGGCGAGCAGAACCGUCGUGCCCGGGCCCUCGAGAGCCAACAGGCCGGCCCACAGCGGCACCAGUUGGAAGGCGCCCAACCUUCUCCCCUUCCUCACCAGGACAAGACAACACACACACUGGGCAAGCGCCCUCGCGAGGAGGCCGCGCACGCUGACAAAGAGAGGUCCGCCCCAUGUCGCCCUGAGGGCAACACGCAGCCCAGCCGAGGCCAAGGCACUGGUGGGCAAGGCACUGGUGGGAGCCGUGGAGCGCCCAACCGCAACAACCCUAGCAGGGCUAGUGGUGCGACAAGCCUGGAAGAAGGUCGUGACAGUCAGACAGCGAGCCAGACCGUGAACACAAUCGAGAAAUGCGAACGCCGGCAAGACAACGUCGACAAAAAAGAGUCCUCACACUCGAGGAUGGAGCGUGAUCGACGGCAAACCCAGCUCAGCGUGGAGUCCGGUCGAUUUUCCGCCUCCGGGCCAGGCGCCCAGCGACCCACCAGAGGCCACGGUCCGCUACAGCAUCUCACCCCGGCCCACGCCUGGCUCAUGCGGGACGGCAGGAGGGUCGUGGACAUCUGCUUUGCCACCAGGCUACAAGCUGCCAGCUUCGGACAGAUCGACAGCUUUACGGUGGAGAUGGGGGGCGGUAAGACGUCUCUUACCCUGCGCCGGUGGAAAUCUGGCGUCUGCCACUCGCGCGGCCUGAUCACCAUGAAGGUCACGCCGGAGGUUGACCGGGGUGACAACCCCCACAGGGUCGAGAGAAAAGCAUACAAGGACGCCGUCUCCGCCCUACUGAAGGCCUUCCCUGUGCUCAGCUUCGUGGGGGCAUGGCGCCAGGCUGUCGAGUGGACGAAUGGCACUGUUCAAUACCAACCAGUGAUGCUCCUGGUGGUUCGCCGGCCAGUUGGUUUUCUGCUCCACAUGCUUCCCGGCUUUGUGAACACCUCUGGCGUACCUGUACGAGGCUGCGACGAGGCCCCUGCCGAUGCCAUCUGGUUCCACCUCCAGUUCGGGGGCCGAAAAUCCUUCUGCAGGUACUGCAAGACGGCGAUCCAUGGGCCUGAAGAGUGUCCAAAGAUCCUGUGCAACACCUGCCAUGAGCGCGGGCACAUCGCCGUCGCUUGCCCCAGAGGAGGACGCAAGGCGGGCCGCCGAGGCCGCAACAAUGGGCGAGGCGGCAGGGCCUAG